UCUACACUUUGUAGGCAGUUUAGUGAAACGCUACAAACCAACUUAUUCAAUGUUCAAUCUGUUCUGUUUAGGAAUACUUUCUAAUUAUGUUUGAUAAUCUUUUGCGCGGUAUUGGCGGUAUCGACAGUAUGUGAUUCAUAAGUCAAAAUAAUUAUGUUUAUAUCCUAAAAAUAACAUUACUAUUAUAAACAAAGAUUCAUUGUUUAGUUUUAUUUGUUUGUUGUACGUAACGGUGACGCACAACAAGCGAGAUUUGAAGUUUUGGGUGUGCAACAAAGUUUCGAAGCCACGGUAAUCCGGAAAUCACAUAUAUCGAAGAACUUACGAAAUUUGGCAACUAUUACAACAGACAAUUUGUUAUUUCAAGUAUAAUGCAACAUCGGAAUCAUUAAUUUGUUGCUGUUCGUUUAGUAGUUUUUUAUAAAAAUGGGUUUGGGAAGAAGAAAUGGUAGUAGCUGUUGUAGAAAAUGGCUUAUAGGAACUUGUUUGUAUAUAUUUGUUUUAUUACUAUUAAUAUUUUUAAUAGUAUUUGUUGUAGUCCCAGUCGUUUUUAAAUAUAGUGUUGGAAUCCAAAGAAGUAUAAUAUUUCCGUCAUGGGUAAUCGACCCGAAAAACUAUUCAAACAUCGACCAAUUUGGGAUCAAAGGGGUGAAAAACUUCUACGUGAACUUGCAAGAAGAUGACAACUCGACGCUGAAUAACGCUGAAAACAUUACCUUGGGCGUGUGGCAAAUUUUACCUCAUGAAAUGCUAAGUGAACUCAUAGACAACAACGACUACAAUUAUGAUGGUGUUUUAAGUAAUGGAAACUACAGUGUUCUGUUGUACAUGCACGGAAAUGGACAAGACAGAACUGAUUCAGUCGGAACGUAUGAGGUGUUGAGGAAAUUUUUCCAUAUUUUUUCAGUGGAUUACAGAAGUUAUGGAGAUUCAACAAAAGGUGAGCUAACCGAAGCUAACGUAGUCGAUGAUAUGGUAAAAUUCUACAAAUGGCUGCAGUUGCGGACCAACUCAAAAAUAUACGUCUGGGGGCACUCUCUCGGUACGGGAGUCGGUACCCAUUUAUUAGCAAAUUUGAAGAACGAAAAUAUAAGCACCACGAAGGGACUGGUCCUGGAAACGCCCUUCACUUCAGUGACGGAUGUAAUGUUGACUCAUCCUAUCAUAAAGAUGUUCUCGUGGCUGCCUUGGUUCAGAUCAACUUUGAUACAACCUAUGAUAGACAACGAUUUUAAUUUCGAUUCAGCAAAACAUAUUUUGGAUGUAGACUGUCCCAUUAUGAUUGUCCACGCCAAAGACGAUGACAUUAUUCCGUAUUCAUUCGCUACGGAGCUUUACAACAUUGCCAUAAAUAACAGAGAUUAUUCAUAUCAAGGAAAUGUCACAUACCAUCUUCUUGAGGCACAUGGCUAUAGGCACAUGUGGAUUUAUAAGUCACCAGAUCUACCAAUCUAUACAGGGAACUUUAUAGACGAAUGUGAAGAUUUCGAUAACAAAUUAGAUUAAACACAAUAUUUAUGAUCGCAUAGCGACAAGAACUCGAAUGAUGUGAUAAUUAUGGGAGCAACUUUUCUAAUUUUAAAUUAAAGAAAUAAAAUCGAAAAUUUUAGUACUUA